AUUUGUUUAAUCAAGUAGGUGUUGAUUGUAUGCACGACAUUUUAGAAGGAGUUGCGAAAUAUGUCAUGCAUUUUAUUUUACUUCAAUACUUAAGACGACUUAAAUUAUUUACAUUAAGUUUGCUUAAUGACAGAACUCAUGGUUUUGCUUAUAUGGACCUGACUUUAGAAACCAACCUUGUACUCUCACUAUGGAACAUUUACUUAAUGGAAAUGUACGAAUGUCAGCAUCAGAAAUGCUUGCAUUUUUGAGAUAUUUUGGGUUAUUGGUAAACGAAUUUGUGCCUAGAGGUGACGAAACAUGGGAACUAUAUAAAAAAAUGAGAGAGCUUUUGGAAAUUGCUUUAUCUAUGGCAUUUGCAAAAGAGACUGAAGAAUUGUUACAAGUAACAAUAGCAGAGUUUAAUGCUAUGUAUAUGUCACUUCCCAAAGAUUUUUUAAAACAAAAAAUUUCAAAAUUUAGUUCACUAUCACUCUGCUUUUGUAAAAUAUGGUCCAAUUAUCUUUUUGUGGAUAAUGCGAUUUGA